GAAAGUUGCUGUCUGAAUGUAAAUGCUUACUGGAAUAUAACAUGCGUGGAUCUCAACGUAGGCUACAAAUAAAACGAAAAGAGUUUUUUACUCAAAGAUAAAGCUACUAGCCUACACGUCUGGUAUGAUUAACCUAUAACAACUGGGCAACUAUCUUUGCGACAAUUUAUGACACGUCAAGGUGGCUAAAAGUACGAGUAUGCAGAAUCGUUCAUAAAUAAGGGUUUGCUCAAUGCUUGAAAAAAAACCUGCCCCUUUUUGUUCCUUGUUCAAAUUCAACCUUUACUUGAGCAGAGCGAGAGAGAGAGAGAGAGAGAGAGAGAGAGAGAGUGUGUGUGUGUGUGUGUGUGUGUGUGCUUUUCUGCCCCAACGGUUCGUGGUAAGGAGCAGAGGGGGCUGCCUCAGUGGGAAAGUUGCUGUCUGAAUGUAAAUGCUCACUGGAAUAUAACAUGCGUGGAUCUCAUUAAUCAGAAGGUAGAUCAUCCAUCUUCAUCAGAUCAGGCCAGAUUCUUCUCACUACAUAGGAACAAACCUCAAAAAAGGAACUGCUGGAAUACAAGAAGUUUUUUGUUGAAACAGAAGGACAUCUAACUAAAAAACGGUUUCGAGUUUUUGUUUUUGUGUGGGUAAUCACAAUUGUCAGCUGCAGUCAUGAACUUGGGCAAGCUGUCCGGACUGAAGGGCCUGGUGUCUCACUCAUCAGGGAAGCGUAGAUUCAAGGGCGAUUUGACCCCAGAUAUGAUUAGCCCACCACUGGGUGACUUCCGCCACACCAUGCACGUGGGCCGAGGGGGUGACGUAUUCGGAGACACGUCUUUCCUUAGCAAUCAUGGUGGGGUAAGGAGUGCUGGUGAUGCAGACUCCAUCACCGCCUCAGAGAAAAGUGAAGGCAUCUUCUCUCGCACCCUGCGCCAUAUCCGCAAAACCCCAGAUAGGCCGCAGCGGGGGUCCAAAGCCCUUUCUCCCCCACCUCCGCCCAUUUCCCCCAUCAUAAAAAACGCAGUCUCCCUGCCUCGUCUGGACAUGGACUCGCCCAACAACUGCCCGGUCAAAGUGCUGUUUCCCAGCACACCGAAACCACCUGAGAACUCUACAUGCUCUUAUGGUAUAGAGUCUGGUUUUGUGACAUUGCCCAGGAUUCUCCGUACAGACCAUUCACUGCAGGGCAGCUCACCCUCGGGCUGCUCCACCCAAAUCCAUCGCAGCUCCCUCACAGACAUGGCCAUUCUGAACCUCUCCUGCUCAGGCACACUCAGUCCCUCUGACUCCAUCACCUCCUUCACUGUAGACCUCGGUCCCUCCCUCAUGUCUGAGGUUUUCACCAUGAUCAACAGUCCUAACGCCCACCAGGAAAUUAACAAUAUCUCUGAAGUGGAGCAUGAGCCUGAGGCUCCAUUUGGGUUGGCCAAUGGCAAUGCAGGAAUGGGCCUGCAUCCCAGAACCUCACUGGUGGAUUCUCUUCUGAGAGAGGAUUCUGAGGGCCUGAGCUGCUUGUAUGAUGUAGAAUGGGGGUAUAAAGAUGUAAUGAACAGCGAAACCCCAAAAAGGCCUAUCGUAGGGCCUGGCGACCAGGUGCGGUCUUAUACCACAGAAGAGCAUGGCAUGGAGGCUGAGAGAUUUCAGAUGGCUGCAAAUGUGCUGGCACGUCAUUAUGGUAGCGGAACAGAAAAGAAUACUAACAUGAACUGCUGUCAAAAGAGAAGGCCUUACACUUACCCCGAUGAAGAAGAGGAGAUCAAAGUGUAGCCUACAGGAAAAAUGUUCUUGAAAAAAAUGUUCUUUUGACAAUCAAAAGUUUAACUCACACUCAUAUUACAUGUUUUGUUGAUUUUCUAAGUGAAGGUAAGUUAACAUAUCUUGUACAGGGAACAAACUUAAAUAUGUCAUUUUUCUGUAAGUUGUAGUGCCAUAUUGAACAUAUUGGAAAACAAUAAAAUAUAAAAAAAAAGUGCUACAACUUGUUAUAUUAUUUGCCCAGUGUGUUAAAUUUAGCGAAUAAACGGCAAUUGUGCAUUAAAAUGUUCUCUUUAGAGCAUGUGUACUUAUUUUCACCUGUAAAAUGCUGAUUUUCACUCAUAAAAUCAACAAAACAUGUAAUUUGACUAGGGACACACACAACUGUAUUUCUUGUUAUGGACAAAAGCUUGGCUUUUUAACCUCUUUAAUUUCUAGAAAAGUGAUUUAAAUGAAUUUUUGUACUUUAUUUGGACUAAAGACAAAGCUCAUCUUUAUGUUUGUAAUUCAUUGAACUAAGUGCAACAUAUGUGUAGAUGAAAACAUGCUGGAUGAGAGGUGAAUGAAAUGCUUAUUGGAGUCACUGAGAGAUGUGGAUGGUGAGAGACGAAAGUAUGUGGACUGGAUGUUUGAAUAUACUUUUUUAUGUGCACAUGUAAUAUUUAGUGAGUGUGUGAUCGAGGCCAUGAGAAACGUGACCCUGUUACUGUCACUUUCCUUUAUCUGAUUAUGAAUGUUAAAGUCGAUUGCCAGAUCUUAAAGGCACAAACUCAGGCAAGGCCACUUUUUGCCACAGAGACUCUAUGAAAGACACACUUCUAUCUGCCAGUUGGUGGAAAGUUUUAUACCUUUUCCUUUGUAAAGGCUACACUUCAUUAAGGUAUCACCUAAUUAUAUUUUUCCCACAUCUAUCACAAAGUGUUUUUUCUAAAAGUAUAAAAAAUAACCUCAACAAUAUGUACUAUUCCUGAAUGGCAACUUAUGGCAUACUCAUUGAAUUUUUAGACCACUACUACUGGUGUGUUCAAGUGGUUUAUUACACAUUUAUUAUUAAUCCUCAUUUAGACUGUAGGGCAUUAAUUGUUGAUUUAUAAGUCUUGUUGCAAACUGAUAUAAUGGGAAAGCAGUGAUUUAUUAUUCAUAAGUUGACUGAUGCUGGAUUUUUUCAGUUUCUGUUUUAGUUUAUAAAGCAAUAAAUAUUUGCCUCCACAAAUUUGAUAUGAAUUUGUAAAAUCACUUUUGUCAUGAAGAUAUCCUUACAUAACAAUGGUCUGCCACAUCAAAGCUGUGAAUUAUGACAGCUAAUAUGAUGUUUGUAAGAAUUUCAAUUUCCAUAUUAUGACAAGAGGAGUUGACUCCUCAACGAUGUUGUGAUGUCUAUUGUAGAUAUUUGGAUGUGCUUCUAUGCACAGGAAAUGCACACAGUCCUAAUGUACCCUUAUAAACAAUACCAGUUAUGUUUCUAAUAAAAAAGACAACAGAAAA